AAUGUCUGCAGUAGGAUUACCAUAUUGUCGGAACAGACCACCAGAGUCCGUAAGUCGACGCGCGUGCGCGUCUUAUCAGAAGUUGGGGCAUCGGAAUCAACGCGUACCUCCAAAAGGGGGUCGUGACGUAUGCGUCACGCUGCGGGUUCGCAGUAUUUAGCCACCAGAGUUGCUCUUUCUCCUCCAUCGCUAUAUGGUUUCGUAGGGAGAUUCGCAUUGUCAGUUCCGUCAAGACGAAUUGGUGCAUCGUCUGUAAAACAGAAUUCAUCGUUCAAGCCUUCCAGCGCCAUGGAGAACUUCCGUGACCCCCGACCGUAUUAUUUCAUAUCUGGGGACCAGAAACUCGUCUUCCUUGAUGAAAUGUUUAUCCCAGGAGUCAAGAAGGACCCCAAGUUCAUCGAGGGUGAAAUUAAAGCCAAGCCAUCCGGCUCAGCUCCGGCGAAGAAACCGGAGGAGCCUGGAGAAGUUAAAUCGAAGAUACAAACAAUUGAGCUUAACGUAAAAUUGUGCUGCGGCAACUGUGUGCGGAAUGUGAAAAAGGCUCUCGACGAUGUCGAAGGGGUGGAGAAGGUGGAUUGCGAACAGGAUCUAAACAAGGUGUAUGUGAAGUGCAGCACAAAGCCGGAGACCAUUUUGAAGAAAGUGCAGAAGGUGGACAAGCGCGCUACUCUUGCGCAGAAGAAGACGCAGAAAAAUUGAAACCACCACCAUAGCCAUCACCUUCCAUAACACUCUACACGGUCCCACACAAGUUCUCAAAGGCUUUUGGUUACGUAGCCUUGGCAGCUAUUUACCAACUUGUAACAGUUCCCAAUUGCCGACCGAAAACGAGCUCCGCUCACCAAGCAGGGCUUCGU